GGGGGGGUCCCCAGGGAGCCCCGAUGGAGCCCCCGCAGCUCCUGGAGCUGUUCCCGGACCCCCCCACGCUGCCGGUACCGGGAUUCCAGACCGUGAUACUCCUCGGGGAGGACGGAAGCGGAGCCGAGGAGCUGCUGGGGCUGACGGUGAACCCAGACCUCGCCUGCGGCACCGCCCCGGAGCCCCCCCGGCCCGCGGACCCCCCCCCGGUGCUGCUGGAGGUGAUCUGUGACCUCAGCCCCCCCCUGUGCCCCCCGCACCCCGCGCUGCCCCCCCUGCCCGGACCUGUCCACGUCCCCCUGCCCGUGCUCCGGCUCACGGAGGAGGAGAAGCGGCUGCUGGAGCAGGAGGGGGUGACCCUGCCCGGGGACCUGCCCCUCACCCAGGCCGAGGAGCGGCUCCUGAAGAAGGUGCGGAGGAAGAUCAGGAACAAACAGUCGGCGCAGGACAGCAGGAGGAGGAGGAAGGAAUACCUGGAUGGGCUGGAGAGCAGAGCAGCCGCGUGCUCGGCCCUGAACCGGGAGCUGCGGGAAAAGGUCCGGGAGCUGGAGAAGAUCAACGGGUCCCUCCUGCAGCAGCUCCAGGCGCUGAUCAAGGAAACGUCCACCAAGGCUGCCCAGACCGGCCCCUGUGUCCUGAUCCUGGUCCUGUCCCUGGGCCUGAUCCUGCUCCCGAGCUGCAGCCCCUUCCAGCAGGAGGAGCACUGGGAUGGUCUCGGACCCACCGGAGUGAUCUCCAGGAACAUCCUGACACGGCAGGAGCCGGGAGAGGACGGAGACCCCCCGAUCCUGGGGUGGGGCUGGGGGGCACAGCCGGGAUUGGGAGCGGAGGGUGGAGCUGGGGGGGGGGUCUGGGGAGGGGUUCACCCCCCCUGGAAGGGAUCCAGGGACAAAUUCCUUCGGGCAGGAUGCGGGGACAGGGGGACACGGGGAUGAGAUAUGACCUGGAGACCCCCUGGAAUAAACCCACGCUCCG